AUGUCAGAAGAACAAUUUACAGGAUCAGCAGAUGCCAAAAAGAACAAUGUUGUAGUUAAAGUUGGAAUGGUUGGAGACUCACAAAUUGGUAAAACUUCAUUAAUGGUUAAAUACGUUGAAGGUACUUUCGAUGAAGAUUACAUUCAAACAUUGGGUGUCAAUUUCAUGGAGAAAACAAUUUCAAUUAGAGGUACCGAAAUUACUUUUUCAAUUUGGGAUUUAGGUGGUCAAAGAGAAUUUGUAAAUAUGUUACCAUUAGUAUGUAAUGAUGCCGUCGCAAUUCUUUUCAUGUUUGAUCUCUCCAGAAAAUCAACAUUAAACUCUGUUAAAGAAUGGUAUAGACAAGCCAGAGGUUUCAAUAAGACUGCUAUUCCAUUUUUAAUUGGUACCAAGUUUGACGUUUUCGCAACUAAACCAAUUGAAGAACAAGAAGAAAUCACCAAACAAGCUCGUAAAUUUGCUUCAGCUAUGAAAUCACCAUUAAUCUUUUGCUCAACUUCUCACUCUAUCAAUGUACAAAAGAUUUUCAAGAUUGUUAUUAGCAAGGCUUUUGAUUUAAAUUGUACCAUACCCAAAGUUGUUAAUGUUGGUGAACCACUUUUAGAAUAUUAAUUGCUCUCAUAUUAAAUAAAAAAAAAAUAAAAAAAAUAUAUAUAUACAUAGUAAUAACUUUUUUUUUUAAUACAAAUAAAAACCAUUAAAAAAUAUAUAUAUAUUUUUUUUUAUCUAG